CAUGCACACCAUAUUUUAGUGCGAUCCACGCACAUGGCAUAACCAAAGUCGAAUUCUGAGGUCCUGGAUGAUACGAUCCCUGUAGCCCGCCCCAGAAACUUGGGAUGUAUCACAUUCAUCUCUUCGAUGUUUAUGCUUGUCAUCCCCCAAGGACGCGCUACCCCUCACCCUCGGACACUCAGUCGGCCACUAUAGCAAGCACAUGAUGGCUUCCAUCCCAGACCCCCAGCCUAAGAAACGAGAGUCCCGUGCUGGGACGCGAAAGGUGACGUCUCUCUCGGCAGAACAACUCGAAAGAAAGCGCGCCAACGAUCGGGAAGCCCAAAGGACUAUUCGUCAGCGGACAAAGGAGCAUAUCGAACGUCUGGAGCACCAAGUAGCGGAGUUAAAAUUGAAAGGGGAACAAUAUGAUCAUGUUGUCCGAAGAAACACUGCCUUAGAAAACGAGAUCAGGGCUUUAAAACAACAGCUAGCUUUGGCAAGAAGCGGACAAGCCUAUUCAAGCCCAGCCGAGGGCUCAUACAAUACCCCUUCCGGGCCAGUGCUUCCUUCUCAAUUCACUGAACCCUUGAGUGUAAAUCCAGUUUCCAGGACCCCAUCGGCUCUUUCGGCAUCCAGCCAAGUCUCUGUUGCGCCUGACUGGCAACAGUACGGUUCCACAGGGUCACCUUCUAUCUGUGAAUCGUCGGACGCAGAUUACUCGAAUAGGGUAGAACCUUUUAUGUUCGAAGGCCAGUUACAAACGUCGAACCCGAUGACUGUUGCAGCACACCAAGCUAGCUUUAAUCGCCCCGGCGGUCGUCCUCCUGAUUCCAAUUUCAACUCAUAUUCACACUUGUACCCUGGAGGUGGUCCCAGCCAAGUACGCCGAGGGGAGCAUCCACACAACCCUCAACACGUCGUGCAAUGUGCGACGAGUCAACGCUCAAUGUCCGUGCCAACUAUACCAUCAGAACGGGAACUUCGUGUGUAUCCCGUUAUUCAUGCCCCCCAACAAUACCAACAAGUCCCGGAACAACCCCCAAGAAACGAUUACAACUAUGACUGGGAUCGUCGACAGUGAUUCCGUUGGCAGGUGGUCAUUAAAGGUGGUAUUUUUUAGUUGGGGCCUAAAUACCUACGAACAAAUUUGCCACCGGUACCCAGUACGCGAUGAGCCGUGCGGUUGACGCACGACCAAACAUUCGACCUUCUGUACCACCUGUCCAUGGGUUAUCAAUGCGUACGCCGGUCUUAAACGC